AUGGGAGCACAGAAAGUAAGACGGAGUCUUUCGGCUCUUCAUGCAGAAGUAGAGGCCCUCAUAUGGGCGAUGCAUUGCAUGAUUCCCAACCAGAAGAAGGAAGUAGCUUUUGCAACAGACUGUUCGGAGAUGGUGAAGAUGGUGUCUACACCCGACGAAUGGCCAGCUUUCGCUUUACAUUUGGAGGAGAUCGGACGAAUGAAGGACAGCUUCAAUUUCUUCCUCCUUACACAUAUCCCGCGCACGAAGAAUUCGAAGGCGGACAACCUGGCAAGGAAUGCCCGGAUCCACCCUCAAGAAAUCAUCUAUGUAAACUCGGUACCUCCGGUUUGGCUAACUGAACCGUUCUAG